AUGGACCGCGACGAGGAGAUGGGCCACGGCGACCGGUCGCUGCUGUUCAUCGGCGACGAGGACGACGACCUCGGCGCCGACCGGGACGGCGGCUCCCCGCCGACCUCCUCCGACGAGGGCUCCUUCUCCGAGCGGAGCGACGACGACGCACGCACCCCACGGGGCGGGCGCGGCCGCGGCGGCGAUGAGAGGGGCGACGCGCCCGACGACGGCCAGAAGGGCACGUGGCCGCAGAGUUACAGGCAGUCGAUCGACAUGCUGAGCGCGGUGCCGUCGCCGACGGUGAGCACGCUCAUGGCGGCGAGCCCGAGCCUCACCAAGUUCGGGAGCUCCUUCAUCAAGGCAGGGAGCUCCUUCUUCCUCAAGAAGGGGGAGGGCUCGCUGCUGCCGCUCACCAGGCCGCUGCUGCCGACUUCGCUCUCGCAGCUCUCGCAGUCGUCGCUGCACCGGCCGCCCGUCAAGCAGUCCACGGACAACCUCGGCCUCCCGCCGCGGCCGCCGGCUGCGCACGAGGCCGGGCUGCCGGAGCGGCCGUCGAGGGCGUGCCUUAAGUCCGACUACAUCGAGCUUCCGCCGCCUGCUAGCAAGUGCAGCAGCGGCCAAUCAAUCAUCAAUGGGUUUAAUGUUCUUUGCGGCGUUGGAAUUCUCACCACGGCUUAUGGAAUCAAGGAAGGAGGAUGGUUAAGCCUCCUACUGCUGCCCUUGUUGGGUGGCAGUUCGUGCUACACUGGCUUGCUUCUGAAGAGAUGCAUAGACAGUUCACCGAACAUUGAGACAUACCCAGAUAUUGGACAAGUCGCUUUUGGUAUAUUUGGUCGAAUCUUUGUAUCGGUGGUACUUUACAUGGAGCUUUAUGCAAGCUGUGUGGAGUACAUCACACUGCUAGGAGACAGCUUAUCCUCAGUGUUUCCCUCCGCACAUUUAGCUUUUACCGGUGUCGACCUGAACGCACAUAAUCUUUUUGCAAUCACAAUGGCCUUGGCAAUUCUUCCAUCAGUCUGGCUCAGGAACCUCAGCCUCCUCUCAUAUCUUUCUGCUGGAGGUGUGAUCGCAACAAUAACAGUUAUUGUUUGCCUAUUUUGGGUUGGCAUUGGAGAAGGAAUUGGAUUCCACCCUUCUGGUGCUAUAGUGAACGUGACCCACCUUCCAGUGGCACUUGGCCUGUAUGGAUACUGCUACUCAGGACACUCGGUUUUUCCAAACAUAUAUUCGUCAAUGAAGGACCGCUCGCAGUUUCCAUUUGUGCUCCUGUUCUGCUUCACAGUGGUCACACUCGUGUAUGCUGGAGUUGCUGUCUCAGGGUUUCUGAUGUUUGGCGAGUCCACUAUGUCACAAUUCACACUGAACUUACCACAACAGUACAUUCCCUCGAAAAUUGCCAUUUGGAUGACGAUUGUGAAUCCAUAUACAAAGUAUGCCUUGACGAUGACGCCAGUAGCCUUGUCGAUUGAGGAGGCGCUGCCUCAGAAGAUGCAGAGUUACCUGGUUGGAAUGUCUGUUCGGACAUGCCUUGUCCUCUCAACUGUUGCGGUGGCUCUGCUUUUUCCAUAUUUCGCUCUCGUGAUGGCAUUGCUUGGAUCUGUCUUCACAAUGCUUGUGGCUCUCAUACUCCCAUGUGCAUGCUAUCUCUCCAUCAAGAAGGGUGCAGUACCUUUGUGGGAGAUAAUCCUGUGCAUAAUCAUCAUAAUGAUCGGGGUCGUUUGCGCUUGCGUCGGAUCAUACACCUCAAUCAACCAGAUGAUUAGUAGCAGAUAGUGCAUGCUGUCUGAUCUAUGUGUAGUUCUUACAGAUUCCUUUGAAGGUUGUCAGAGUUUUACUGAUUCUUUCAAUGUUGACAGAGUACCUGAAAUCAGCAGUAUGUCGGAUUUUUGUAGCCACGUAUAUUCGUUCCUUCUUUUUUGACAGAAAUUCUGUAAGAGAGUUUGUUGUAUCCCGUUUGGAUCCCUUCAUUUUGAAGGAAUUGGA